AUGACUGUCUUUGCUAGCACUGUCACCAGCGAGCAAGCCGUUGCAGCCUUUGCUCCCCAAGUCAAAGGACGCACCUUCGUCAUCACCGGUGCCGGCCAACCUAGUAUCGGGAGCUCAAUCGCCAUCGAACUCGCCAAAGCAUCACCAGCUCACCUUCUGAUCGCCUCCCGCACCGCUGAAAACGUCCACCCGGUGAUCGCAGCCAUCCGGGAACAAGACCCAUCAGUCAAAACAACAUUUAUCCAACUCGACCUCUCCAACCAUGACUCAGUCCGCCGUGCGGCACAGGAAAUCCUGGCAGCUACCAAAUCCAAAAUCGACGUUCUCAUCAACAGCGCCGGAAACAUGGCCCUCAAGAAAUACACCCUCGACAAGCAAGGCAUAGAAAUGCAAAUGUCCGUCAACCAUGUCGGACACUUCCUCCUGACGAACCUUCUCACCCCCGCCCUUCUCACCGGUGCCAAGAGCCCCUACGGAGCCCGCGUCAUCAACCUCACCAGCGUAGGGUACCAAAUCUCCCCUGUCCGCUUUGACGACGUCUCCUUCUGCGACGGCAAAACCUACGACAUGUGGACAGGUUACGGCCAGGCCAAGACAGCGCAGAUCCUGUUUGCGUAUGGUUUGACAGACCGGCUGAAGAACCGCGGUGUGGUGGCUUUUGCUUGCCACCCGGGGUCUAAUCUUGAUACUAAACUUGGGUCACACUUGGUGAUGGAUGAUUACAGCGAUGUUUUGCCCACCACCAAGCGUAACACAGGUCAGGAGUUUAGCUUCACUGUUGGCGAUGAGCCGCGGUUCAAGACGUAUGAGCAGAUUGGUGCUACGCCUCUUAUUGCUGCGCUGGAUCCGGAUUUGGCAGGGCGAGGGCCGGCGUACUUGCAGAAUGGAGAGGUUGUGGAACCUGUUGCGAGACAUGCGGUGUAUGAUAAGGGGGGGGUGGAUAGGUGCUGGAGACUGAGUGAGGAGUUGGUUGGGCAGAAGUUUGAGUAUUAA